UAAACAGUAAUUUGACGACCGCGGACCCAUCAACAUGAAGACCUGUGCCUUGACUUUAGUGGUUUUAUUCCUGGCCAGCUGCUGCUGGGCUGCUCCUGCUACUCAGCAGAGGAUUGAAACCGAUCCAGAGCUGACCGCUGGUUAUAUUGAGGGUGAUAUGGUUCCUAGUCUUGAGGGAAGGAAUGGGCUACGAAAUGAAACCUAUAGAUGGCCCAAUCGAGUUGUUUUCUACUACAUCAAUCCGAAUAUUGAUACCGAGCAUCGCAACCACAUUCUCCGGGGUAUCCGCAUCAUUGAGCAAAGUUCUUGCUUAGUUUUCAAGGAGGCAACCACUGAUCAGGAAUAUUACGUGAAUGUGACAUCGGAGGCAGGUGGAUGCUUCUCAUAUGUGGGCUAUCGCAACAGGGUACAACAACUGAAUCUGCAGAACUAUGCCCUGGAUACGGGAUGCUUCCGGUUGGGGACAAUUGUCCAUGAGUUCCUGCACGCCCUGGGCUUCUAUCACCAGCAAAGCACAUGGAAUCGCGAUGACUACGUCCGAAUUGCUGAGGAGAAUAUAACGGAGGGAACCGAGGGCAAUUUCAACAAAUACGAUAAUGAAACCGUCGAGGAUUAUGGCGAACCCUAUGACUACUCCAGCGUGCUGCACUACACGGCGUAUGCGUUCUCUAAGAACGGCGAGAUGACUAUUGUGCCGCUGCAAGAAGGUGCCGAGGAGCUGAUGGGUCAGCGUUUGCAAAUGACCCAGUCUGAUAUUAACAAACUAAAUGUCAUGUACAAGUGUCCCAGACAGGUGUAAUAAGUACAAAGAGUUAUUAAAUCAAUCACAGAUGA